GCGACGAACAAAGCAAAAGAGAGCAAAAAAGUUACAGCCACUGAACAGCAUUCUGUGCUAUUCUAUAGAAUUAGCUUUUAUUUUAGUAAUUACUUAAAAUUUCGUUAUAAAAGUUCCGUAGUUUGUUCUUGUCCAGUGCGUCGUAAGAUAAUAUCAAGUUGUUGUACCGCGUAACUGAUGUUUAAGUGCAGAAAAACGGCAUAUUCUUCAGUCGAAUUUUGAGUGAAUCGUACGAAAGAAAAAACCACCCCCACCCACUUUUGCCACCCGCUCACAGUGGUGGAUCAAAGGGGUGGUGGUUGGCAGGCGCGAUCAAACAACAACAUCAACAACAGCAGCAGCAUGGUCAUCACAACAUAAACAAACGUCUCUCCUUCCCUCUCCACUGUUUUGAGGGUGUUGGCGGCAAACUGCUUGGUGACGGUAGAAGUGGAUUAAUAUCACUUUUUUUUUUCACGAUCCUAAUUGGUGCUUUUUGGCAUACAAAGCGGCGAUGAUUGCGCUUGUUGACCAACAAGGGCUAGAAUAAUCGCACGUCUCGUUCCUAUUCUCGGAAGCAGCAGUCGUAUUGCUGCAGCAGAUGUAAACGGCGCUGCUUAAAAUAGUGCACUUUCGAUGGGACAAUGGAUCGUCAUAGGCGGCAAAUUGGUUCUCACGACGAACGGACGACGCCAACGAUUUGCCUCAUCAAACGAAAAAGAAACACCCUGAAAAGUGCCGCCACUGAUGAUUAUUACUGCUCUUCCACGUUGGAUCGUCAUUGUCAUCGCGGCCACGGCUGGUGUCAAUCUUCAGUAUCCGUGCCCUCGGAAGGUGCAAGGUGCAACAGAUUGGUGUAGCAGUUUGAUAGCGUCGUUUUGUUAUAUAACUAAACAAAGUCAAUUAAUGCAACUUGAAUGCGCUUCAUUCAUGGAAAGGAUUCGUUAAACUAUAUUGAAACGAUUCGUUUGUUCAGGAUUACAUUUAGCAUUCAGCAUAACGUCAGCUCAAUCCUAACAUCAAGCCAUGGAUAAACAGGACCCCUCGAAGCAGGGCAAGGGAAAGAGGCCAUUCCUGGGACUGCUAUCAAAACGGUCCUCGCGGGUGGAACCACAGCGUUGCACUGAAAGUGAAGACGAGCUUGGAACAUCGGAUUCUACGAACAAUUCUACCCUAAACCUGGCAACGACCAGCCAAAAGUCGAGUAGUUCGAAUCUUCAGCAGCAACAGCCGAGUAAAAGUGAUGUCCCUACGACCAGUGGCAAUCCCGCAGUUGCUAACAAUACCGCCACUCAGCAGCAGCAACAGCGUCAGGACUCUUCCAAUCAAAGUGAUACCAAUUCGUAUCAUCUGCUGUCGACGUCGUCCACAACUACGAACUCAUCUGCAGAUCCAUCUUCGAAAGCAACCAACACGUCGUCAUCGUCGUCACAAAAGACAUACAACAAAUUUAUCGCGAGGGACUCUACACAAGCUGCAGUUAUGCGGAAUCCGUCGAACCGACUGAGCGGACAGUUCAACUUGUGCUGUUCGGUGGAUGAAAGUUUGCUCAAAUCUCCCAAAAAGAACCGUUACUCCGAUCCACAUGGGGGUGCUGGUGGCUGUAGCUCUUUGGAUUAUGGCAUUCAGCAGCAGUCUCAACAAUCUCAACAACAGCAACAGCAUCAACGGCGACAGCAGUUGAGAUUGGAACUCAAUGCUAAGAACUCGACAAGCAGUAAUGGGAAAGAGAAGGCCAGCCCAGUAGCGAAUGGCGCUAAAAGUAGACCGUUGGAGUUUGGCCAGGAUGUUGCUGGAGCGGUGAACUCCAGUGAAGAAAUUGAUAGCAGCGGUUAUCACAGUAAUAGUCAAACAGCGUUAGUGGAUAAUAGGGUUGUGACGAAACCAGUAGUAUUUCGUGAAUACCAGAAUCAUACGCAGCGAGCAAUUAUGAGCAGCAAGUCUAGAUUUAAGGAACGUUUCUUGCCUCCAUUACCAAAACUCGAAGGCUACGAGAAAAUGGAGCAGCAUUAUAGUUCGCCAAAUAUAGCGGAAACGGAUGAUCCUCCGGGUGUAGAUCGACGAGAUAGCAGAAAGUCGAUGUCUUUCGAUACGGUUACUACGGGAAACGAUGGUGACUCGAUAAUAAGCAAUCCAGCAAGUGCCGAUUCGCUGGCUAGGCAAGCUUUAAUGGCAGCUCACGUGCUACAUCUCAUACCUGCGGAUAAGGCUCGCCAAAGGAAUUUUCUUCACGGUAGAUUAGGGACUACUUCGCUACUGGGCCCAUCUGAACUCGACAAAGUUCUUCCAACUAGAGAAAUAACGAUUUUUGUUGGCACUUGGAAUAUGAACGGACAGAGUCCGCCAAAACAGUUGAACGACUUCGUUCUACCGACAUCGUUGGAACACGUUCCUGAUAUAAUUGUGUUUGGUACCCAAGAAUCCUACUCGGAGCGAUUUGAAUGGGAAGUUACACUCCAGGAAACGCUUGGCCCCAGUCAUAUUCUUCUGCACUCAACCAGUCUCGGUACUCUGCACCUAGCAGCGUUUAUACGACGAGAUUUGAUAUGGUACUGUUCCGAGCCAGAAGAUGCUAACCUAUCCGUACGCCCAGGCACAGCUUUCCGAACGAAAGGAGCUAUCGCCAUUUCCUUCAGCCUCUUCGGAACAUCGUUUCUCUUUGUGACGUCACACCUGACGGCUCACCAGCAGAAAGUGAAAGAACGUGUUUCAGAUGUGAAGAAAAUCAUCCACUCGCUAGAUCUUCCCCGUAAUUUGACCGUCAAGCACCGGAACAAGGACGUGACACAAAACUUCGAUAGCGUUUUCUGGUGUGGAGAUUUAAACUUUCGGCUCAGCGAACCACGUGACAAGCUGAUGCACUGGAUUGAAACGACGCAGUUCCCAUUGCCAGCACAUUUACCGCAUGGAUUCAUGCACACGGAUCAACUGACGAGCGUCCUGGCGGAUGGAGCAGCAUUUAAGGGUUUCCGAGAGGCGAAGAUCACCUUUCCGCCCACUUAUAAGUAUGAUCCCGGUACGCAACGGUUCGAUACGUCCAGCAAGCAACGUGCGCCGGCUUACACGGAUCGCAUUCUCUACAAGUUCAAACCGUUGCCUGUGACAACUGUGCAUCGGCGAAUAAGCAACGCUGCCGGUGGCAAAAUUACCCAUCCUCCAUCGCCGGUCAAAUGCCUAGCGUACGAUUCGGUGCAGAGUAUCAUCACGUCGGACCACAAACCGGUGUGGGCGUUGUUCCGCAGCAUCAUACGGCCGGGCGUUGAUACGAUACCCUUGGCCGCAGGUUUGUUCAAUCGGGAAGUUUACCUGGAAGGUAUGAAACGGCGAUUAGACAACUCCGGCUCGAGCUCAUCUGCAGUUUGCAGCAUUCAAUGAUGAUAGCUAAAACCCGUAAUGUGAUAAGGUAAUCAGCACACAGGUAAUGUUUUUUCUUCUAGUCCACUACGCUGUAUAGAGUUACUACAUAUUUAAUGUCAAUGGAUUGUGGGACAGUAGGUAUAUGUGGACUUUCGCGUCCCAUCCCAUUUGAUUCUCAUAGAUAGAACCGAUAGAAUAUCGUCAUCAAGGUGUACUAGGAGCAGUAAAAUACAACCGCUAACAAGAGAACAAAGACAACAUACAUGAAUGAUUCCUUUUAAAAAAUAACAUUUUUAACAUGUUUAGGAAGUAGGUCAAAACUUCUUUUAGAGUAGUGUAUGUAUUGUUGAACCUAAGAGCGAACCAGGACUUUUUGGUACCGCAAAUAAUGGCAGCCUUAAAGGUUAGUUUAGAGAACCCGUUUCUAGUCAGAACAUCAAAGUCAAAUUAUUGAUAAGUCUCUCAUAUAUUUAUGCUAGUCUAAGGUGAAUAAUGAACUGAUCUACAAUAAUUUAGUACCAUUAUCACAUAUCGAGAUGAAAUCUUUCUUGUUUUAUACGCUAGUUACGUAGAUUGUAACUAUCGAGAUUCGAUUAAAAUCGACGAAAACGUGCUCACUAAAAUUAAUAAUGUCUGCAAUUAUGAAAUAUGGGUAAUUAACUAGGCUUUAUGAAUGCCUUAUAUAUAUUUCUAUAUUAUUUGUUAAUAUGCUUGUCAAUGAGUCAAUGAGAAAAAUCAAUUAUCCUGGCCCUAAAAAGACAUCCCUUUGAAAUAUUCUCGAUGAUGUAGGAUCUCUUCUAGUUUAGUCAACUGCAAUAGUCAUACCCAUGUGCUGCCAGCUAGUGGUGCAAAGCAAACGUCACAUGAAAAGAUUCUAUCGUAUAUAAACCAUCUGUCUCUCUACCUCUUGUGAUGAGUAGUGAAACCAAAACCGACAGUAGCAGCAUAUGCAGUGUUUAGAAUCUCCGAAACUUUAGUGGAUAAUCCCAAUGGGAGCCAAAUAUCGUCGUCGCAUAGAACAGAAUAGACAUUAUAUAGAAAGCAAUGAUGAAACAAUCCCUUCACCAACUAAUAUUCCAUGGAUUGAUAACUAUCCGGAAUUGGCCUUAAAGAGGUACAGUCAAGAUUUCUAUAGUGCGGCUGAUGACAAUAUAUCGAUAGAUUGCCACCUAAUGAUGUAGAUUUUUGAUAACCAAAAAGGUAGGAAACAAACGAGAAAUUGUGAUUGAAAACCGAUGUUAUCAACUGUACUGUAGGAAUCUUGACUGUAUGACAAAAUCUUUAUUACUGCGAAAUGUUCUAUUGAAUCGCUCAUUUUCAUUCCAUCAUUUACCUUUAUUCUUCCCAAAGUAUAUUUAUUUCCAUUAUGAAUAGUCGGUUUUACGAUUUCUGUUAUUUAAAGGCUGUAUAAUGGCCAUUGUUUUGUUGGUGUCGUUUAAAACAUAUGAAUAAAAAAUGUGAGAAUCUGAUUUUUACACACUUUAAACUUUGAUAAUAAAUUCCAUUUCCUUCUAAA